AUGUCGAACUCGCCACUCUCCCCGUCGCCAGCUGGCUUUCCGCCAACAACAUUGACACCUUGCCCUACACCUCCUUCUUCCGUCUUCUCACGAUUGUCUCAGCCUAAAACGGUCGCCAAGCAGUUGGAAGAAGCAGCCGUUGGAGCUUUACCUCCCAACCCGACCAUUGAGAAUCUGUCCAAGAUUACCUGGAAGAACCGUCGCUUCGUCCAGGAGGAUUUGUUAGCUCGAAAAGGUGCAAAGGGCAGGAAGAGCUGGAUUAGGUCGCACGGGACCUUCCUAGUUGAGCUGAACUAUCAGGAUCUACCGAUAGGUCACGUCUGGUGCUGCAAUCGAUGUGAUAUGAGAGGCGCAGCGGAGUUCUUUUCGGUGCAAGCCACGUCUUCCGCAGCGGACCAUCUUCGAAAAGCUCACCGGAUCACCCCAGCUAGCCAGUCUAGCGAUGAGGUUACAGAGGAGACGAUGGGAGAAACUCAAGUGGAUGCUGCGGAGCAGAUUGCAACGGCGUCGGCAAAUUUCCGAGAGUCCAACGGUCGGCCAAGCCGCGUUCGCCGUCUCCCUGCCCGCUUUGAGGAGGAUGAGGUUUACGCGCUACCACAGCGGAGUCAACCUCCGAGAUUCGUAGAAUCUGCCUUACCGUUGCAUUCUCGGGCUGAUUAUUCUACGGCGGAGAAACGAUCGGCGUCCGAGACGUCGCAAAAGAGCACAUUACGAGCGGACCAUCGAGCCUACAUCCGGGCAUCAAUCAACAACGGGUGGAAGAAGCUGAAUGAGUAUUAUGACAAGCUCGGAGAAUCUCCCUUGUUUGCGGCAGCAAUCAUUCUUCACCCGAGGUUCGGGAUCAGCUGGUUAGAGGCGACUUGGGUGUCUGAGGAGCAAACUCGCUUGGGGACUGUGCGAGGAAACAACGAAGUACGACGCAGCGCCAACGACGACGGGUCAAGAGGAUGA